AUGAUCAUUUUCUGUUGGUCAGCAGAAAAGUGCUCUCAUAUCUCCUCAUAUCAACAUAUUCCUUCUGAUUCAAUGGGAUUUUCAGAAAUGUACCCGAAUGACAAAGGACCAUCGGGUAGUAAUCCAUCAAGGACGACAUUCGAGACGCGGAGUCGUCGGAAACGACUUCUUCAUGUCGCCGCCAUGAUUGCACUCGUUUUAGUGCUCAUUUUGACAGUAAUCGCAGUGGUAUACGGUAGUUACUAUCUGUAUCGUCGAUAUGUGACAGACGUGAAUGAUAAACGAGAGAAUGAUGAAUAUCUGAGAAAACUUGUUCGUCAAGUCAAUGAUUCUCCUGAAACCACGUGGAAAGCGAAGUUCAAUAAAUUCGGAGUCAAAAAUCGAUCAUAUGGAUUCAAGUAUACAAGAAAUCAAACGGCAGUCGAGGAAUACAUGGAACAUAUUCGAAAAUUCUUUGAAUCUGAUGCGAUGAAAAGACAUUUGGAAGAACUCGAAAACUACAAAUCGUCGGACCUUCCAAAACACUUUGAUGCUCGUCAGAAAUGGCCAAACUGCCCUUCGAUCUCGAAUGUUCCAAAUCAAGGUGGAUGUGGAAGUUGUUUCGCAGUGGCAGCUGCUGGAGUUGCCUCCGAUAGAGCAUGUAUUCAUUCGAAUGGAACAUUCAAAGCACUUUUAUCAGAAGAAGAUAUCAUUGGAUGCUGUUCUGUUUGUGGAAAUUGUUAUGGUGGAGAUCCAUUGAAGGCGUUGACUUACUGGGUCAAUCAGGGUCUUGUAACAGGAGGUCGUGACGGUUGCCGUCCGUAUUCUUUCGAUCUCUCGUGCGGUGUUCCAUGCUCUCCAGCAACAUUCUUUGAGGCUGAAGAGAAGAGAACUUGUAUGAGAAGAUGUCAGAAUAUAUACUAUCAACAAAAGUAUGAAGAAGAUAAACACUUCGCCACAUUCGCGUAUUCAAUGUAUCCUCGCUCAAUGACAGUAUCCCCAGAUGGAAAAGAACGUGUCAAAGUGCCAACGAUCAUCGGUCAUUUCAAUGAUAAGAAUACAGAGAAAUUGAAUGUGACAGAAUAUAGAAAUGUGAUCAAAAAGGAGAUAUUAUUGUAUGGUCCAACGACAAUGGCAUUCCCAGUUCCAGAAGAAUUCUUACAUUAUUCGAGUGGAGUAUUCCGUCCAUUCCCAUUGGAUGGUUUCGAUGAUCGAAUCGUUUAUUGGCAUGUCGUUCGAUUGAUUGGAUGGGGUGAAUCUGAUGAUGGACAACAUUACUGGUUGGCUAUUAACAGUUUUGGUAAUCAUUGGGGAGAUAAUGGACUCUUCAAAAUCAACACAGAUGACAUGGAGAAGUACGGUUUGGAGUAUGAGACAGCUGUCGUCUAA